GUAAUCAUGCUUCUGAUCAUCGUCAGAGGACUGCACUUCUGAAAGCCGCCCAGCCCAGUGUGCGUCGUCAUGGGUUGGGCUCAAGUUCAGACAACCGACCCGACAACCCCGGCAUGACAGACAGAUAGACAGGCAGACCAAAACCCGGCUGACGAUCGUCCAGUCAGUCUCUUCUCGCAGCGCCCACCAGGUCCAUCAUGCACCGAUCAAGUUACUACUGUUGUACUGUAGGUCCUGUCUUUCUUGCUCCUUGGUGUCUAUGGGGAGGACUCCAUAGGUAUGAGUGGAGCUGGACCGCGUCGACGACAGUGCCGACCAGUAGACGCGACAACGGUAAACAUUAAUAUCAUAGAGAAUGGGAAUGGGAAUGGGGAAACGGACAGGACACAACACCCAGAAAAAAAAGUUUUACGUGAAGAGGUACCGCAAUGGCCUAUCAUCGACCAAGACUACUAGUAUUACAGAUAGUAGUGAGAUCCGCAAGCCGGAGCUGUAGUGGCUCCGUUUCAAUCCCUCCACAUCUGGAUCUACUACUGUACACCCACCCACUACGCCUGGCUGAUCUCAAAGAACAAAGUGCCGUUCCGACGACGAGGCUCUGCAAAACUACGGGAACUCAAAGACCCACGGCCGGUAGUACCAACCAGUGUGUCCCGGGCAGGUCAGGCAGGUCCCGCACCAAGGGCUGUCCUGUCCUGCCGUCGGAUGUCCUGUCGAUCAUCUGCCUGAACAAGAGUUGACACGGCAGAGAAUUCCGGACUCCACACGCCCAAUUCGGCAUGGACGGCUUAUCAAUUGGGAAGGGAGUCGAUCUGAACAGAAAGCAAAUUUACAUGUGAUCAAGUUGAGGACGACUACAAGAAAUGACUUGAAUCUGUGAAGAUGUACAUUACUGUAAGAGGUCUGUGAAAGUGGGCAUUCUCCACGAAACUGGAGCGUUAGAAUUGAAAAGACGCCUCAGUCGUCAUCUUUGCCA